AUGUCCUACCACAACCAGUACAACGCUCCCUCGGGCUUCCAGCCCAACGGCGGCUUCAACUCCGCCCCCUCUGGCCCAGGCUACGGCGCCCCCACCUACGACCAGAACCAGUACGGCAACAGUGGCUACAACCCCAACCCCAGCUACGGCGCUCCCCAAUACGGCCAACAGCAGGGCUACGGCCAACAGCAGUACGGCCAGCAGCAGUACGGACAACAGGGCGGCCAGCAGGGCGGCCAGGCUGCGGGCUACUAUGGCGACCAGGCGCCGGGCGCAUCGGGCGGUUUCAGCGGCACCCGCGAGGCCAGUGACAUGUCCAACGAGGACCUCCCCUACCCAUGGGUUCGCGAAUGGGACGAGCAGUUCAAGCAGAUCUACUAUGUCAACCCCACGACCAACCCAGCCACGACGUCGUGGACUCACCCUAACUGCGCACCCGGUCAGGAACACCCUGAGCAGCAGCAGACCCACCGCGAGGCGCAGGAGCUCUACUCGGACGCUGGACCGGGCGGUGCCCAGACAGGCGAGCGCGGUCUCAUCACCAACGCGGCGGUGGGCGUCGUCGGCUACAAGGUCCUGUCGUCGUUGCUCAACAAGAACAAGAACAACCACGGUCAGGGCGGCCACGGCCAGUCGAGUGGCCCCGGAUGGGGAACCUACGCCAUGGGUGCUGGUGCCGGUGUGGGCGGCGCGUUCCUCCUUUCCAAGCUCUUUGGGAACAAGAACUCGAACAAGUACGGCCACCAAAUGGGCCCGCCCCCCUUCAAGUUUUAG